AUGAAAACUAUAAUUCUUCUUGGGCUUCUGGGAGCCACAAUGUCAGCCCCACUUAUCCCACAGCGCCUUAUGUCUGCAAGCAACAGCAAUGAGUUACUUCUGAAUCUUAAUACUGCUCAGCUUCAGCCACUACAGUUUCAGGGCCCAUUUAAUUCAUGGAUUCCUCCUUUCUCUGGGAUUCUACAACAGCAGCAGCAAGCUCAAAUUCCAGGGCUCUCCCAAUUCUCUUUAUCAGCUUUUGACCGGUUGGCUGGACUGUUCCCAAAUCAGACACCUUUCCCAGGAUGGGUCAGUUUUGCCCAGGGAUCUCAGGUGGGACAGCUGGACCCCUCACAGCCUCAAACAUCACCACAGACCCAACAGGGCUCUAAUCAUGUUAUGCCCUAUGUGUUCUCCUUCAAAAUGCCUCAAGAGCAAGCACAGAUGUUUCAGUACUAUCCAGUCUACAUGCUCCUACCUUGGGAACAACCUCAACAGACAGCCACACAGUCACCUCCACAAACAGGACAGCAGCAAUUUGAGGAGCAGAUGCCAUUCUAUACCCAAUUUGGAUAUAUUCCAGUACAAGUAGAACCUGUUAUACCGGGAGUCCAGCAGCAACUAGCCUUAGAUCCCUUCACAGACACAGCUUCUGAAACUGUUGUGAUGCCAGCAGGAGCACAAAAAGAAAUGAUAAACUUUAAGCAUGCCAACAGAGGACUUUUCAUUCCUUCUACUUCACAAAAACCCAGCACUACAAAUUAUUUUGCUCCUGCUAUAGACCCAACUAUUACCCCCCAGGUGAUGGAAAAGAAGAGAAAAAGAAGUGGCGGUGCCUCGGAUAUCACUUAG